CUUUUGCUGAAAGUUUCAUGCUUUUCCCCGCUGUUCGGCUGAGAGUGAAGAUGGCGGCUGGCUCGGAGCGCAGUCCGCCUCCUUUCCCUGAUUUAGAGGAGCAGGACCAGGAGCUUGACCUCGGCGAGGACGAUGACAGCGAUGAAGGAGCGGACAUUUUCACAGGUCGCGUGGUGCUCUCACAGAACCCCGUGGAACCCCUUGUUCACGUGAGCGCUGAUGAGCCUCUUAAAGAUGUCCUCAGUGAAGCUGUGGGAGAUCCUCUGAACGACCUGAACAGUGCUCCUGAGAAGCGGGCGGGCGACACUAAAGCCGCCGGAGUCGACGCGUUUGCCGAUCCUUUGGCCGAGUCUGGAGGUCAACCUGAUAAACAAACUUCAAACUUCAGCUCGGCGACUCCGAAGAGCAGCGGCAAGAGCGAGGCGUCUGUCGCACCUCAAAAAGACUUGAAAAGGUCCGAGGACAUUUUCGAAGAGCCAAUAAAAGACGGUACGAGUAAAACUGUAAGUGGUGGCGCAGGGGUUAAGAAAGCACCCAGCGCUGACCUGUUCGGAGAUGAUGAUGAUGAUGAUGAUGAUGAUGAUGAUGAUGAAGAGGAUGGGGAGGAUUUGUUUGAGGAGAAGAGGAGUGCUGCGGUGAAGAAACCUCUGGUAAAGGAAAGCGGUAAGGGCCGUACCCAGCCGUCUGAUGAUGCCCACGAGAGCGCCAGAGUCCCACCUGCUCCUGCCGCCGCAAAACCCAGCAUGGAGACCAGCUCCAGAAGCAACGGCCUGCACUCGGACGAGGAUGAUCUGUUUACAGAGGCCACAGUCGAGCUGUCUCUGGACAGUCCUCGUAAUGACCGCAGGAGGAAAGAGACACCAAAGGCCUCAGCACCAGCUUCCUCUCUCUCUGCUUCAGCGAGUGUCUCCAAACCCCAGCUGAAAACACUGGAGCAGCUGGAGGAGGAAGAAGAGAAGGACAACUUUGAUUUGAACAUUUCAGUUACAAACCCAGAGAAAGUGGGUGAUGGUAUGAAUGCCUACAUGGCCUACAGAGUCUCCACUCAGACGACACUGCCCAUGUUCCGCAGUAAACAGUUCACAGUGCGCAGGCGCUUCAGUGAUUUUCUGGGCCUCUAUGAGAAACUCUCAGAAAAACAUGCACAGAAUGGGCACAUUGUUCCUCCACCACCAGAGAAGAGCAUUCUGGGAAUGACUAAAGUGAAGGUGGGGAAAGAAGACCAGUCAUCAGCUGAAUUUGUUGAAAGAAGAAGAGCUGCUCUAGAAAGGUACGUCCAGAGGCUUGUGUCUCAUCCAGCUCUGCUGCAAGACCCAGACGUGAGAGAGUUUUUAGAGAAAGAGGAGUUACCCAGGGCGGUUAGUACCCAAGCGCUGAGUGGAGCUGGAUUUCUCAAGAUGAUCAACAAGGCCACUGACGCUGUGAGCAAGAUGACAAUCAAAAUGAACGAGUCAGACGUUUGGUUUGAAGAGAAGCUGCAUGAGGUGGAGAACGAGGACCAGCAACUGAGGAAGCUGCACGCCGUCGUGGAGUCACUUGUUAAUCACAGGAAAGAGUUGUCUAUGAACACGGCCGUGUUUGCGAAGAGUGUGGCGAUGUUGGGUAGUUCAGAGGAUAACACGGCGCUCUCCCGAGCCCUGUCCCAGCUGGCCGAAGUGGAGGACCGCGUCGAGCAGCUUCAUCAGGACCAGGCUUCUAAUGAUUUCUUCAUCUUUGCCGAACAUUUUGCAGAUUACAUCCGCUUACUUGGAGCAGUCAGGGCUUGCUUUGACCAGCGGAUAAAGGCAUGGCAGCGCUGGCAGGACGCUGAGAGCAUGCUGCAGAAGAAGCGAGAGACUGAGGCCAAGCUGCUGUGGGCCAACAAACCAGACAAACUUCAGCAAGCCAAGGACGAGAUCACCGAGUGGGAGUCGAAGGUCAGUCAGUAUGAGAGGGACUUUGAGAGAGUCUCCACCACCGUACGAAAGGAAGUCGUCAGGUUUGAGAAAGAGAAGGCUCGGGAUUUCAAGAAACAGAUCGUCAGAUAUCUGGAGAUGCUGUUGAAUUCUCAGCAACAGCUGAUCAAGUACUGGGAGGCUUUCUUGCCUGAGGCAAAAGCAAUUGCAUGAUGGCGGCUUACACACACACACACACACACACAGGCCUGCUUCAGAGUUUGCCUGUUCUAUACACUUUACCUCUUGCCUAUAAAACCAAGAGACGUAAUGCAAAGGGAAAGAGAGAAACAAUCGUUUUUUUUUUGUUUUGUUUUGUUUUUUUUACAAUAAUCACCAGACGCUUAUACUCUUUGAUUUUUUUUGUGCCAUUUAACCGCCAAAUUUUUCUUUUUGACAACUAGUUUUAGGGUGUGUGUAUGCAGGGUGAUGGGACAGGAGCUGCCUGGUGCAUUAGUCUUUUGUUAACGAAAAAUACAUAUAUGGAUAGUGUAAAAAAAAAAAAACGGGGACUAUAAGGCCGUGUUGGAUGCUGAGAUUUAGCACAUUUACAGUGCUAAUGGUUUACAGUAGCGUGCCCACUUUCCCCAAAUGUUCAGGCUUUUCGCCCUCUCAAUGUUGGGUUCCUGUCGCCUUUCUCUCUUCCUGAAAAAUUGAGGCGAGCUUGUUUAGAGUUCGGACAUUUUUUGGACAUUCUGUGGAGGAUGUGUCACUGUGGUAUACACUUAUUCAUCUACUUUGGAUGUUCUAGACACCCCCCUGCCCCACCCCCCAAUAAAGCGCCAUACUAGAAGCUGAAAUCCAGCGUCGAUAUCUGACGGCUUUUUCUCUUUUCAUACCGGCGACAUUCCGCACUUUGGCCACACUUUCGGUUAUACAGAGGUCAUACCUUUUGUCUUUUAAAGAAACCCUGAGAAAUUGCAUUAUUAAAUUGUUUACGUCAACACAGACUGGUUAAGCACUUAUGCUGCCAAACAAUGUUACUGUCACAGAAAAAAGUUACCUGUGCGUUCUUCUUUAAGCGUGUUUUUCUAAAACGGUGUCUGUUUCAUGCAACAUGUUUUUACACCCGAGCCACACUUAUCUGUACAAUGAAUGAAGCAGCGUUUAAGGCAGUGUUACGAAACAAGUUAUGUUGUUUAAUUGAAGAGAGAGAUAUAUAUAUAGGCCUUAA